GACAACGAUCUGUCGAUGGAGUCGCACGGUUCGGUCGUGACGCAUCUGCUCUCCCAGGUGAAGAUCGGCAUGGAUCUGACGAAGGUCGUGCUGCCGACGUUCAUUCUCGAGCGGCGAUCCCUGCUGGAGAUGUACGCCGACUACUUUGCCCAUCCGGAUCUGUUUCUGCGGAUAGCGGAUCUAAAGGAGCCGCGCGAACGGAUGGUACAGGUCGUCCGGUGGUACCUGAGUGCGUACCAUGCCGGGCGCAAGAGCUCCGUCGCGAAGAAACCGUACAAUCCGAUCCUGGGCGAAAUAUUCCAGUGCCACUGGGACAUUCCGGAGCUGCGUAAGUGAUUGGUUCGGGUACAAGAUGGACCGGUGCCCUGGUGCCGCAGGGACCAACUAACCUUUAUCGCCGAGCAGGUCUCGCAUCAUCCGCCAAUAUCAGCGUUCUAUGCUGAACAUUACAACAAGAAGAUCAGCUUUUCCGCGCACGUGUGGACAAAGUCAAAGUUUCUUGGCCUUUCGAUAGGUGUGCACAACAUUGGGCAGGGCACGGUGACGCUGUGUGAUCUGAACGAGGAAUACAUCGUCACCUUUCCUAAUGGUUAUGGACGAUCCAUCCUAACGAUACCGUGGAUCGAACUCGGUGGUACGAUAACCAUCACCUGUCCACAAACGGGCUAUCGAGCGGAUAUAGACUUCAUCACGAAACCAUUCUACGGUGGCAAAAAGAAUCGAAUACAGGGCGAGAUUUACGGACCGAACGACAAGAAGUCCUUCAUCAGCAUUAGCGGGGAAUGGAGCGGCCUAAUGGAGUACAAAUUCAACGAUGGCAGUAAACCCUCCAAGUUUGAAACGUUCGUCGACGUUAAUAGCAUACCGAUCUACAAGAAGAAGGUCCGUUCGGUGGGCGAACAGGACGAGAACGAAUCGCGCAAAGUUUGGCGUGAAGUGACGGCCGGUUUGAAGUAA